AUGAAGCUCAAUGCUAAAACCGCCCUCCUAUCGCCCAAAAUCCUCCUAGUUCCAUACGAACCCCACCAUGUACCGACCUACCACGCCUGGAUGGAAGACGAGGACCUCCGCACAGCAACCGCCUCCGACCGCCUAACACUUCCGGAAGAAUACGCAAUGCAAAAGUCCUGGCGUGAGGACGGGGAUAAACUCACUUUUAUAGCUUGUCUUCCCCCUCUUUCAUCCUCUUCCAUUGCUGAAAUGGUUAGAGCGCGCAGGGAUGACGCGCCAGAACGUAUGCUUGGCGACGUGAAUCUUUUCCUGUACCCUUCGCCCGAGCACGAUGAGGUGGAGGGGAAGGUCGUGGCGGAGGUGGAGGUCAUGAUUGCGCGAAGGGAGUUUCAUGGGAUGGGGUUAGGAAGAGAGGUUGUUGGGUUGUUUUUGUGGGGCGGCGGUGAGGGAGCUGGUGGGGUUUAG